UCCCGCUUUCGUCCAAGCCAGUGCGGACGCCGCCACUGCCGCGCCACAGGAACAAGGCAGGAGAAGCCCGUCCCAUGCGAUCCAAGAGAUCUCUCCGGAUUCCUUCGCCUCCAGACUCUCUCACCAAGAUAUGGAAGAAAAAGAUACGGAGGCCAGCGCUGGAUUCCUAUCCUAACAAUCUGCACCCUUCCCCUUCACCAUUGUUUCAGCAUCCAGCUUUCUGUGGACUUCAUCAUUUGCCAGAAGGAUUGUGGAAGGGAAUGAAACUUUGGGUAACUGGAUUGCAGAUGAUGGUAUCCAGAGAACAGACCCACAAAACAGCAACACACAAGAAUUGUGCACCUUUUGUUCCUCCAAUUGGCUUAGAAAGGGACCAGAGCUAUCACUGAAUGUAACAGUGAGAGCUGAAUGUUAAACUCAAAGUCUCCAAAGGCUUAAGUGAUAUUUAUUAAGCAGUUCAUUAGACACAGAGAUGAAUAACUCAACCAACAUAAGCUCUUUGGAGGAUAUGAUGGCCUUGGCGAGUCCUUAUAAAACUGUUGAAGUAGUCUUCAUUGUCCUGGUGGCUGGGUCCCUCAGCCUAGUGACCAUCAUUGGCAACAUCCUGGUUAUGGUUUCCAUUAAAGUCAACCGACACCUGCAGACUGUCAACAAUUAUUUUCUUUUCAGCUUGGCAUGUGCUGACUUGAUCAUUGGUGUCUUCUCCAUGAACCUGUAUACACUUUACACUGUGAUUGGCUACUGGCCAUUAGGACCUGUAGUUUGUGACUUGUGGCUGGCCCUUGACUAUGUGGUCAGCAAUGCCUCUGUUAUGAACCUUCUCAUAAUUAGUUUUGACAGAUAUUUUUGUGUCACCAAACCUCUGACAUAUCCAGUCAAGCGGACCACCAAGAUGGCGGGCAUGAUGAUUGCAGCUGCCUGGGUGCUUUCCUUCAUCUUGUGGGCACCUGCUAUUCUCUUUUGGCAGUUCAUUGUGGGGGAAAGGACUGUUCCUGAUGGGGAAUGCUACAUUCAGUUCCUGUCCAAUGCAGCUGUCACCUUUGGCACAGCUAUUGCAGCUUUCUAUCUGCCUGUCAUCAUCAUGACUAUUCUCUACUGGCAAAUAUCACGUGCCAGUAAGAGCAGGAUUAAGAAAGAUAAAAAAGAAGGUGGGCAAAACCAAGAUCCAGCCUCUCCAAGUUUGGUCCAAGGUAAAAAAGGGAAACCAAACAAUAACAACAUCCCAACCAGUGAAGAUGGAAUAGAACAUAGUAAAAUUCAGAAUGGUAAAGCCACAGGAGAAUCAGUAGUGGAAAACUGUGUUACUACAGAGGAGAAGGAAAGCUCCAAUGAUUCAACCUCUGUUAGUGCUGUAGCUUCCAAUAUGAAAGAGGAUGAAGCCAUCAAAGAGGACACCAGGGCUUCUGUCUCCCAAGUCAAUGCCAAAGUAGAGAAUUCCAAAUUGACAUGCAUCAGGAUACUCACAAAGUCCCCCAAAGGUGACUGUAGCAGCUCAGCCAACACCACCAUAGAGAUUGUAGGCAAUGAUGAACAAAAUGGGGAUGAGAAGCAAAAUGUUGUAGCACGUAAGAUUGUCAAGAUGACAAAGCAGCCUGCCAAAAAGAAGACACCUCCUUCCAGGGAGAAAAAAGUUACCAGGACUAUCUUGGCUAUUCUCCUGGCCUUCAUCAUUACCUGGACACCAUACAAUGUGAUGGUUCUCAUCAACAGCUUCUGUUCAUCUUGUAUUCCCAACACAGUAUGGACGAUUGGUUACUGGCUGUGCUAUAUCAACAGCACCAUUAAUCCUGCCUGCUAUGCCCUCUGCAAUGCUACCUUCAAGAAAACCUUUAAGCACCUCCUUAUGUGUCAUUACAAGAACAUAGGAGCUACGAGGUAAAACAAUAACAGCAGAGAAAAGGGGGGAAGAAAGUGUCAAGUUUUUAUAAAACAAUGCCAUAGCACUUUAUGCUCUAGUACAAAAUCAAAAGGCUAGAGGACACACUGGCAGGGACAGGUGGGGUGGGUAUGCUCUAUGUCUGACAUCUGCUCUUCAAAGAUCACAGCUUCUCUGUCAGUGUGUCACUGGAGGCAAGAAAUGGCCGAUGGGCCAGUAGAAGAUAUGAAUUUGAGGCAGGGCCCCCUGCUCUCCAGUAGUCUCAUGAAGAAGGGCUUUUGAAUCCAUCCUUCUUGGGUAUAACUUUGGUCUCUGAGAAGUUCUCCUGCCCGAAGGCUAAUUUGGGCUGGCACUUUGCAAAUGGGUGAGCUACACAAAAGCACUGGCAUUUCUACAAGCCAGAGAGAACCUUGGGCAGGUUAUUAGUCAGUUCUUCUGGUUUAUGAGGUGCCAGUUUUGUUUGUCUUUCUGUGUUUAUAUUCAUAUGAAACAUGGGUCAGUGGUUUGAAAUUCUUCAACCACAAAUAUUUUACAUGAAAAGUAUAAAUGACUGGAAAAGUAAACACCAGAACAAGCCAAUUAGCUGAAAUUCUUCCAAUUUUUAUGAAACAUGGUAUGGAGUUCCAGUAGGAAAGUGGGGAGUGUGAAGUUGUUUUAAUCUGUACCUCUCUCCUGCUGCUUAACUCUACAUCAAAAAUAUAGUACCUUACCUCAUAAAGGGCAGCAUGUCAGCCAAACCUUUAAGCACAUGCCCUCUGCUAUUAAGUCAGUGAGACUUUCAAGUGCUGGAAUUUGGCUAGAGUGAAACUCUCAUUUGCAGUGAUCAGCAAAGUGAUUAACUGCUUUUCCUCUCUGGUUGGUUCAAGCUUCCUUUCUGAUUGGUUCAACAUCUACUGGUAGUCAAAUUGAACAGAGAAGAAAUAUGAGCAGGAUAUUUACUUUAUCAUUUGGUAGACCCCAGGAAGUAUCAGAAGACUGGGAUUAGAGAACUUGCAGCGUAUAACUAUACAGCCCAAAAUUCUGACAGUGCCAAAGAACAAAGGUUUGGAGGAAGGAAUAUCUACAGUACCAUUCACAACUGAUACAUUGCAUGGGCAUUAUAGAUCAAAACAAUUAUGCAAAUAAUAAUGAUUACGAUAUUAUUUACCCUGCAUAGGGAUGAAAGCUUGCUAGCUAGAGAUUCCCUGCAUCUUCAGGUUUGAGUUUGGUGAAUCAUGGAAUUCAAAGGAAUUCCAAGGGCCAAAUAGUCCAAACCCUUGCCAGUGCAGGAAGCUGCAGCAAUGAUUCCUUUAUUCAGGUCCCCCCAUUUAAAGAUCACAAGCCCAUAAGAGGUCUUGAAGCAGCAACCUGAAGAAUGUUGGGAAGUGGGGAAGUAGUGGGAAGAUAUGUUUGUUAGUUUGGGUUUUUCUCAAUUUCUCUUAUUUCAAAGCCCACAUUUGGCUCAUCUCAAAUUUUGAGAACUUUUCAAAUCUUACAUUUAGUUCAUCUUGAAUGUAGAGAUAUGCAUUUUAAUAUACAUUCUGUUUCUUCCAAUACAUGUUUUUGUAUGCAGUUCUGCCUAAUGCACACAAAUUUUGCAAGUAGUCUUCCUAAUACAAUGCAUUUGUAAAUGUUAUUUUCACCAAUUUAUACAUUUCUGUGCAUACUUUCUGUAAUAUAUACAUUCUUCUUCUUCUGUGUGUUUCAAUUGCAAAGCUCUAUUACCAGUUUUGAAGGAGUGUGAGUUUUGAAGGACAGUGAAUCCUCAAUUCUCAUAUUAGUCUGCAAGUACAAAAUUAACAGAGAUUGGAAAAAAUGCUGUUUUGGACUGCUCAUGCUGGCUGGAAAAUUUGAGGAAUUUUGAUGCCUGAAAUGGAUCUCCCCAAACUCUGGAAAUUAAAUAAAUUCACAUUAAAAUGGAAACUGAAUAAAUGUAUCCCCCCCACCUAAAAAGCAGGCAAAGUGAUCACAUAUAGGAAGUGCAUUCCACCCAAAGGAAAUGCAUGGCUAAAACAAAGAUCGAAGGAGGUGAAAUGUUUGUACAAAUUUGCACAUGUUAAUGUACAUGUGUUGAUAUGCAACCCCCCCCCCCCCCCCACUGAACAAUUUUUCCAAGAAAUCCAAGAAAUGAUGAUCGGUUUGCCUUAGGGCACCAUUAGUCAAAACGACUUGAAGGAUGACCUGGACCAGCCAACCUCAUGAAUACAUUCUCACCCUCUGUCGUUUUAAAUUCUCACAAGGGUAUGCCAAUGGCCACUUACUGUGGAAACAUAGGUAUUCUAUUAAGAAGUAAGGUCUUCUGAGUUCAGUAAGACUUGGUCACAAGUCUGUGUAAACAUGACUAUAGGUGUAGUAAUUCUGUGGAUUAAUGGGGGUUUCAGAGCCAUCUCUUCCAAUUCAAUACACCCAUCAGAGCUUCAGUGACAUUAGUUUCACCUUUAGGACUUUGCUUCACAUGGUUGACACAUGUAUUACAGCCACAGCUAGCCAUGGUGACCAUGCCUAUUGUAUCAUAGUUCAAUAUUUAUUCCAUGAAAUUUGAAGAGGAAUUACUGUUCUGUUCCCCUGAUUGACAAUUAAUCAAAACUAUUUGGUGGUGCUUAAGUUUUAUUCAAUCUUCUCUCAUCCUGCCUUUGAAAUCUGAAAGCUUUUAAUUUAGUUGUUGGGAGUACAGAGAGGACAGAAUGAAUUAGAGGAGAGCCUAACUAAAUCCCUCCUGGCUACUUAAUGAUUUCAUCUUUAAAGCAAAGAUUAAGUCAUUGAGAAUCUUCAAGGGAUUGCUCAAUUUCUCAUGGUUUCCCUUGUUGUCACAGACCCACAUGACACUUUGCAUUCUCAUCAUGUCAUCUCACCUUUUGAAGUUUGCUUCCAUUGGAUGUAAAUGUGAAUCCUCUCUCUCCCCCCCCCCCCAGGGAAAAAUGUGCCUUUGAGCUUUCCAUUUGUCACCUGAUGCCCAACUGCUUAACAGGUUGACAAAAGCAAUUACUUGUUCCAGCUUUCUUGCUGAGCAUGGCACUGGUAUAGAAAACAUUAUCAUUGAUAGCAAUAACAAACCCUGCCUCUUUUUUCAGAAUCAAAAGAUUAGCAUAAGGAUCCUGGAUUCAUUUUCAGUUUUUACAUGAGACCACUGGAUUGAAUGUAGGCUGAACUAUAUAAAGAGUGUGUUCAUUGAAGUUAGCGACUACAGGCUGACUAUCCCUUAUCCAGAAUUCCAAAAUCUGAAAUAUCCAAUAUCUGAAAUUGUCGACAUGGGUGGCUGAG